UCAGGAUAACACGGACAAUUUAGUCACAACUCGGUUGUACGCCGCAUACUGUGAAGCAAUGAAAACUUUAUUCCUUUUAUCUGCUGUAAUUUUUGCAAUUGAUGCAGCGAACUAUAAUUGCCACGGUGAUGUGACACAGCUUCAUCCAACAGGAAUGAGCAGUGGAGGUACGACAGGUUCACACCAUGCAAUUGAUCAGGAUAUUGCUGAGAUCAAUAAACGAAAGUCUUGUUAUGUACAAGCAGGAGCUGCGAACUGUAUACAUCCUGCAGUAAUUGCUGGUCUUGCUAGUCGGGAAUCUCGCGCCGGAAAACUGUUAUAUAGUACAAGCGGCUGGGGUGAUCAUCAUAACGCAUACGGUAUCAUGCAGUGUGACAUCAAUGCUAACCCACUACAUAGUAUCCACAAAACAUGUACAUCUUAUCACUGGGACAGCUGUGCCCACAUAAACGCUAUGACAGCACAUGUCCUAGUUCCAAAUAUACAAGGUGUUAAACGCAAGCAUCAUUCGUGGUCGGAUGCGCAAGCGCUACAAGGUGGAGUAGCUGCAUACAACUUUGGUUUAGGCAAUGUACAGAGUUGGGGCGGAUUGGAUGUGGGAUCAACACAUAAUGACUACAGCAACGACGUAAUUGCACGUGCUCAAUGGCUAAUUAGCCAUUAUCAUUGGUAGUGUGUAGAAGGUCAUCCUUUC